AUGGCCCACCUCUUGCGCGGAAAGCAGGCAGGUAUCAGCAACGACCUCUCCCAAGGCCUGGGACCUGAUCUGUUUGUGCUGGACCAUAUCCGCAAUUAUGGCAUCAACUCCAAAGUCACCCAAGUCGCAUACGACCCCGUUCAGUCCCUCAUAGCCGUCGGUACGAGCGAGAGCAAGUUUGGCCCUGGCCAGAUCUACAUAUUCGGACAGAAGAGGGUCGAAGUUGUCCUGCCGCUACCCACGCGCAGCGCCUCGGUCAAGAUUCUGCAGUUCUGCGCCGAGAAGCUGUUAUGUGUCGACUCAAAAAAUGACUUGUCUGUCUUCUCGCUAGAGACUAAGAAGCUGCUCAACGCCCAUUCACCCCCCGCGAAGAUCACGGCGCUUCAUUGCGACCCGACCAUCGACUAUGCGCUUCUGGGCACACAACAGGGCGAUGUAUAUGCCUACGAUCUGGCUAGAGAGGCACUUACGCCUUUCAAGAUACCCAACUUGUGGAGGGAGAAGUUUCCGCGCUCGCGCCUCGUCUCCGUCGUUACAUUGUCGCUACAUCCUCGUGACAUCGGGUCCCUCCUGAUUGGGUACAACUCCGGUGCAGUCAUCUAUUCAUUCAAGCAGAACAAGGCCUUGCACUUCUUCAACUACGUCGUUCCCAAAGGAGCUCCUGGAGGCGACUCCGAUCCGGCCUCCAUCCACAUCGAGCGCGAACCUCCAUUGACACAGGCUGUCUGGCAUCCGACCGGCACCUUUGUUCUGACGGGGCAUGAAGACAGCAGUAUCGUUAUAUGGGAUUCCAAGGACGGCCGCAUCGUACAGGCAAGGACAUUAACCGAUACAAACGUGGACAAACCGGGUCAAGGAAGCUUCUCCCCAGGUGCUGUCGAAGGGUCAUUUGCGCUCAAGUCACCCAUCUUCAAGAUCGCCUGGUGCGCAAAUCAGGAUCCGGAUGAUACCGCUAUACUUGUCGCGGGUGGACAGCCAUCCAAUAUCUCCGCCAAAAGUCUGACUUUGUUCGAGCUGGGCCGGACACCUGUUUAUGCUACUGCGUCCUGGCAAGUGCUAUCGGAUCACUUUGAGAGUCCUAAAAGGCAAAGAAUACUUCCAUGCCCACCCGGAACUGAGGUGGUGGAUUUGUUCCUCAUUCCGCGGACUUCUCCACACUAUGCUGGCUGCCACGAUCCAAUUGCGAUUAUUGCUCUGCUCGCUUCCGGAGAGUUGAUCACCCUAUCGUUUCCAAGUGGAAUGCCCAUAACGCCCACUAAUCAGCUGCAUCUUUCCAUGACACUCGUACAUCCGUACAUCAACUAUGCAAACCUUGCACCGGUAGAGCGUACACGAUGGCUCGGCAUGACCGAGAAGCGGCAACACGGUCCACAGUUCCUUAUCGGUGGUGCCGAGGCUGUGCAUCCCCUUAAGCGUUUUGAAAACCGCAACAUCGUCCAGACAGCUCAUGCAGAUGGUACUAUUAGAUUAUGGGAUGCAGGUCAUGCCGAUGAGAUCGAGAACGCUGCCUUGUUACAGGUAGACGUAGCUCGAGCAGUCGGCCGACCAGAGCAUGUCCACGUCACACAAACCUCAUUCGCAGGUGCGGCAUCUGAACUAUCUGUAGGACUGAAGAGCGGUGAAGUAGUUGUGUUUAGAUGGGGUGUUAACCGGCAUGCUGGCCAGGAGUAUCCACUAGGUGAAAACAAAGCUCAAGCACUCACCGAUAUCUCUGAAAGGAGUGAGGCGGCUCUCAAAGAGGGACUACUGCCAUUUACCUUGCUCGAUGAGGGCAAUGGACCAGUCACCGCCCUGAAGCAUUCUGACGUAGGCUUUGUCGCUGCGGGCUUCGAAGGCGGCAGUUUGGCCAUCAUCGAUCUGCGAGGACCGGCAAUCAUCUACAGAGCAUCGAUACAAGAAUUUAUCAAACCAGACAAACGUGCCAGCUUCCGACGGAGUUCGACUCAGGCGACACCCAAAGCAGAGUGGCCCACUUGUAUUGAAUUUAGUGUCAUGACGCUCGAAGACGAAGACUACUCCAGCAUCCUACUUCAUGUUGGCACCAACCUUGGCCACCUUGCAACCUUUAAGCUACUACCGGAAUCAAGCGGCCGAUACUCAGUUAAGCCUGCAGGCGUGUGCUCUCUAGACGACAAGGUCAUCAGCAUCUGCCCCAUGCAUGCCGAAACCGGUCGCCCAGCUUAUGCUUCUCAGUCUGCCGUUGCGGGACUACGCAACGGCUCCAAGACUAGUGGUGUGCUCUUAGCCACAACAGCAUCGGGGGCGAGGUUAUUCCGCCCUGCCACCAGUAAAGGAGCGCAUAAGACCUUCGAUCAAUUCCUAUGUGAUGCGGCGACUCUGGUUAGAUACGAGGACAAGGGCUAUUCGAUGCUUGGUCUGUAUGGUGAUGGGUGUGCGAGAGCUUAUUCGCUACCUGCACUGAAGGAGAUAGGGUCUGUCAAUCUCAGUGAACUGCUAGACGUCCGGCGCUUGUCCGAGGCAGUCAUCACAAGUACUGGUGACAUCUUCGGCUGGAAAGGCCCUGCAGAAAUGGCUCUAGUCAACGUUUUUGGAACCGGACUCCAGUACGAACGCGCCAAGGAUGUUUUGCUUAACCCAGAACUGCUAAUCCCGCCACGACCAACUAUUAGCAAUAUCCAGUGGAUCUCUGGCACACAGUAUGUGACACCAGCCGAUAUGGAUCUCCUCAUCGGCGGUCCUGAUCGACCCCUAUCAAAUCGCCAGAUGGCGCAACAACGCGCAGAGGCUGAGCAAGAACGCCGUCGCGCCAACCCGUCCUUAGCCAGCUCUUCUGCCGCAGGAUACCAAUCCUACCCUACUCAAGUGUCGUCUCCCACUCAAGAAGGCUGGGGUGCCUGGGCAACUCGCCAGCUCAACGAGCGCACGGAGAAGCUGAACAUCGUUGGAGACAGCAUGGACAACCUCUCACAGAAUAGUGCAGGCUGGGCGAACGACGUGAACAAGUUUGUUGGAAAGCAGAAGAGAGGUCUAGUCAUGGGUGCUAUGAAGAGCAAGUUUGGAUUCUAA